AUGUCCAGUUUUUUCUCCAACGCUGCCGAUACCUUGAAAGGAAUGUCCGACCAAGGUAAAAAAUCGAUAGAACUUCAUGAGGAUUCCAAGAAGAAGCUCGAGCGAAUUGAAGUCGAACGGGCUGGCACUUUCCGUCAAGUUAGCAGCAUUUACCAGAGUGAUGCAGAAAAGAUGCCUAAACAGUUACAUCGCCAUCAGAAGGACACCAAAGCGGCCGUUAGUAAAGGCGAAGAUGAGAAGGAGGCUCAGCAUGAGAAAGAACUCCGUCGACUCAGACGUUCACAUCCACUUGGUCGAGUUGUGAACAGGAAAUGCAAUGUACCUCUCCUUGGCAUGAGUGCGAAGGGCAUUAAUUACCGUGGUAUAGUGAACCUUAUGGGCCUCCUGUUAUUGGCACUGAACCUUCGAUUGGUGUUGGAGAAUCUUAUCAAGUACGGUAUAUUGUUACGGCCUUGGGCGUAUCUUUCUAUUGACAACCUGCGGCAUCAUUUACCCCUAGUCUACACACUUGCACUUGUCUUGUGCUGCCCUGCCCUCAGCUAUAUCAUAGAAAGGUACAUUGCUCCUCAGCAGAAAGACCGUCAUUUGGCGAACACCCUGCAGUUAUUCGUGUUAUUAGCAGUCCUUCUCGGACCACUAUAUACCAUUGAAGCUACAUCACCACACGGCCUUCUCGCUAUGGCCUUGCUGUGCUGUUCGGUCACCUAUGCAAUGAAGAUAGGGAGUUACUGGCAUGUUUGCCAUGAUCUUUUCUGGUCUAUCAAGACUAACAGGUUGGAGAUGCUUCUUGGUGAUGAGAAGGAGACGUUGGAGAUAGCAAAGAAGUACCCACGUUGCCUCUCUAUGAAGGACAUGUACUUGUACAUUUCUUAUCCAACUUUGUGUUACCAGUUGUGGUAUCCUCGUUAUCCUCGUCGUAAUUGGAUGCGCCUGUUGAAGUACACAGCCCUGUUGUUAUUCUGUCUGGCAUUGCAACUCAUCAUCAUGCAACAGUAUAUGUUGCCUAUACUUGUCAAUGCACGGAUAAUGCUGAAGGAAUCCCAAAGUUGGCAUCAAAGCGCUUUGAUACUCGCGGAACGAAUAUUGAAGCUGGCAGUACCGAACCUCUACUGUUGGUUGUUGAUGUUCUUCACACUCUUUCAUACUUGGCUGAAUAUUCUGGCAGAAUUGACCAGAUUUGGUGACCGCGAGUUUUACCUCGACUGGUGGAACUCAGUGAGCUUCAGAGAAUACUGGCAGAAAUGGAAUCUUCCUGUUCAUUAUUUCAUACUUCGUCAUAUGUACGUUCCACUGAGGAGAUUGGGGUGUUCACAGGAUGCUGCUGGAAUGCUGUGUUUCGUCUUCUCUGGUGUCUUGCACGAGUACGUUUCUAUGAUACCCUUCGGGUUGCCAUUCUACACUUUGGU